AUGGAGGACAUAGAGAAUGAUGUACGUAUUGAAGCAACAAACAUCAGUAGAGUGAAGUCGAAGGAUGAGCUUCCUAAUUCCAUAAUUGUUACUCAGGUUUUUUUGGAUCCAGCUCAGCGGGAAAACUUUUCUCAACUUUUUACUCAAAUAGAAGAGAAUAUUCAUUUCGAUUUUCUUAAAAGCUUUCGUCGAGUGCGGGUGAUCUUCAGUACUCCGGAGAACGCUACAGCCGCUAAAUUGAUAGUUCAGGGUUUCUCCUUUAAUGGACAUCAGAUGAAAGCUUUCUUUGCUCAGAAAGUUCUACUGCACAAUUCAUCGCGCUCGUUACUUUCACCUCCACCACUCGAAAAACAAUUUUUAAUUUCACCUCCUUGUUCUCCACCUGUGGGUUGGGAACAAACAAAGGAAAUGGCUCCCGUUGUUUGCAAUUUUGAUCUCAUGUCUCGACUAGCUUCAUUCGCUCUAGAUGAGAAAUAUGAAGUACAUAAUGGAGACGAUCAAACUCCCACUAUCGUCGUGUAUCCAUGUGAAACUCCAGUAGAGGCGCCGAGUAAAAUUGAAAUGCCUAAAACACCAAGACCUCCAGAGGAACACUAA